UUUCAUUAGACUGACCAUCAAUGUUUCUUUUCUAGAGAAGGGAGCGAUUCAUAAAGUUCUUGAAAAGGAUGACAAGGAGUUCAUCAUUGCUGAGUAUCAACCCUUUGACAACAGAACACACAUUCUUAACAUGAUGAUCCACUCCUCCGCGGUGAGUGAGAGCAAGCUUUAUGUGAGUUCCAGCAGUGAGCUGGUCCAGGUGGACCUAGGCAGCUGUGGCCAGUAUGGACCCCAGUGUGAGGACUGUGUGCUGGCCCGGGACCCUUACUGUGGCUGGAAUGGCACACACUGCACCCCCGCUACAGGCAUGACUGAUGUAACCCAUGGGGAUGCUACUAUUUGCAAGACCCCUCAAAAAGAACUUUUAUACAAAGUUCAGACAAGUUCCCCAGCGACAGAUGUCCGCCCUGUAAAGAUGGACUCAAAGCACUUCCUCAUCUGUCCCAUGUCGUCCAAUCACGCGCAGUACAGAUGGUAUCGCAAUGAUGAGUCCCUUCCCUUCCUUGCCACAGAGCAUGAGUGUCUGCUGCUGAUUGAGAGCAUGAGUUUCGGGAACGCUGGCACCUACAGGUGUGAGUCUGAGGAGGGGGGCUACCGCAGGACCCUGGCCCAGUACACCUUACAGGUGGAGGGUGGCACACCUGGGCUGGCAUCAUGCCAUCUGGGGUGGGUUAUCUUUAUAGUCACAGUGGUGCAGAUGCUGAUGGGUUAGUUUAUGUGCUUAUAGGCACUUAGAAAAUGUGAAUUCUUAUUUGAAUAGGUACUUAUUGGCCUCAUCCAAUGUUUGCCACAAUUUGCACUUUCUUUUUGCGAGGCUGUGCAAUACAGCCGUGCUACCUCAGGACUUUCUGCUCUUCAUGACUCGGCAGCAGCUUGUUAAUGCACUGUCUUGGAUUUGCAUAGAGAAACGGAACUGUCCAAGAAUCUAUCUGAUCUUUUUCCAUUAUUUAAUUUAAAAUGACAUCAUUAUGAAAUGUAUUCCUACUGGCAAGGACUCUUAAAUUAUUGAACACCUUUAAUAAUAUAUUUUAGAUUUAUAUACAUGUUUUAUUUUACUCAUAGGCGGAAAUCCCAGGGGGCGAAACAACCCCCCCCAUCCUGGGGAAAAUUUGAUUUGUCGCCCCCCAAAUAAAUCACUGUAAACACAAGGAAAUCUAAAUAAUAUUAAUGAUAUACAUUUAACUUAUUACAAUGUAGGUUAUGUGUUACAGCAGUAAUUUUGGUGUCUCCCUCUCAGGAAUUGCUCUUGAGAAAAUGUCAUAUAAUUGGCCCCCCCCAAAAUUUAUAGCAGAUUUUACUGGCUUAGUAGCUUGCUUUUCUGCUGAUAGAAAAGUCUGCUGCUGCUGUAUGAACCUCUUAGUUUUAUUCCAAUUCCUAGUUUCAGUUCAUUCUGCGCAUACUCUGUCUAUUAGCAAAAGACAUAAACUUCCUCUCUGCCAGAGAGUUUCUGUGAGACUGUCCUUUUAUCGUUAUGAUAAAAUAUUAUGCAGCAAAAGUUCUGAAACGUUAACAGUUUGUUCCUUGUCAUUGUUGUCAUUUGUAUUGCAAUGCAGAUCAAAAACAAAAACACUCCUUUUAAGAUAUAAAGUAAAACUUUAUCAUGACAUACAAGUUUAAAGCCCUGAGAACCACAUGUUUAUAUUACUAAUGUGAACAAAACUGAAUGUGUCAAAAUCACUUUGGAAAAGUGCUCCUCUUUUAAAUACAAUCUGCACAAACCAGUUUAACAAGUAUUCACGUUCUGUCCUAAUUUUGCUUGAAUUCAAAAAGAAAAACUAUAAUAUCAGUAAUAUCAUUAUUAUCAUGUCCAUAAUAAUAACAACAGUACAAAACAGAUGCACAAACCCCACAGAUCAAUUUAUAUAAGGAGCAUUGUACAAGCCAAAAACAACAUAAAAUUGAUAAAUGAGGUAUAUUCAAUAACCACUUGCAUAUGAACCUGUUUACACAGAUCACGUUAGAUGUAAAACUAUUACAAAGCUAAUAAACUCCUAACAGUCUUAGACAAUGGUCUGCAGACUUCCAACUUCACAGUUUCCUGAGUGAUGUGACCUUGUCUGUAACUGAAAAGGAAAGAAAUAAAAGCAACACCCAAAUGAGUCUAAAAGAGCACUAGGCGAGUCACUACAGCUACAGCACUGCAUUUGUUGGUGUCACUAUAAGUAGACAUGCCAUAGGUCAUGACUUUAACAUCAAAUGCAACAAUGACUGCAGCUCAAUGAGGUAACAUGGUGAUAAGAGGUAGGGGGUCUUCAAGAACACAUGUACACACACACACAAUCACAAUGUUAGCCUGAGCUGUAAACUGUAUUCACAGAGUAUGUGGGUUUGUCUGCCCGUUCAUGUUAUUGUUUAUGUUCUGCCAGCCCUGCUGCAGUAUCAUAUAUAUGGCAUUACAGUUAAAAACAAUCCCCCCACUAGCAUCCACACAUCCACUCACUCUCUCAGACACACACACUCAUGCAAAGGCUGUAAGGUUACACUGUCAAACUGAUUGGAUAAAACAAAUGUUUUCUUUUUCUAAAACGACAGAGAAACCAGAAGUAUUCUAGCAACACCUCAUACAGUAGGUGAUAGAGCUAAGUCAUCAUUAUAUACUGUAUGUCCAUCAAAAGGAAAAAAUAAAAUCAAUGCAAAUAAAUAUCAAACCUUGGUUUGGAAACGUAUAAACAAACCUGGUGGUAGGUGUCUAAUGUCUGAAUGAUUGAAUUAAAAAGACAGUGGAAACACCGUUCAACUCUUCAAAGGAUUAAGCUUGAAGUAAAACAAACAGUACUUUUGAGCGGAGCUCCUGAAACGUGCUCUGGUUUUCUCACCAGCAACUGAUAUUAAGGCAGCAACUACGUCUUUUAUCUGUACAAAAAGUUGACUUAUUGUUUGUCGUCUUGAGGGACUGCAGGGGUAGCUUCAGGUCCUCAAAGCUGGAACUGUGAGCCGCGCUGCAAUAAGGUCUGCAAAACCCAACACCAAACAGCUUUACGCUGUCCACUAAAAAGCGUCAAGGCUUGUUCGGCUGUGUGAUUAACAUGGGGGCUGAAUAAAAGUUUUUGAAAACAGUUAAAAUGCCUCACAUUCAACAAGGUUAAAGCUCGAAAAUCAAUUUCCCCCCUCAAAACAAAAAUCAACAUCUUUUUUUUUUUCUUCUUUCAAAUGCAGCGCAACAGUUGGGAGUAAAGAAAUACUUUUAAGAGUGCCUCCACCUCUGAGGGGAAAACCGGAAAAAAAUAGGAUGUGAUCUUUCUCCUGUCGGCCAGACUCUGACUCACUGAGGAGAUUGUUCCCUGAAGCUGUUCUUAGAGAGUGGAGCCGUUCCGGGCUGAACCUUAAUAGCCCAAUACCUGUUUACAACCAGUGAGAUGGGCUCCCAUCGGCUUUAUCCUCACAUGGGUCUGCGUACGUAUACGUGGAGGUCAAGGCUAUGCAAAGUUGAUCCUGGCUGUAUUUCUAAUUUGUAGAUUCUCUUACCUUGAUUUUAUUGGUCCCCACUCGCCAAUGAUAGCACAGAGUUGUGUGUGUGUGUGUGUGUUCCAGGCUAGAGGACUCACUUUGCUAGUCUUUGGUAUUCAGCUGUGCAAUAACCAAAAGGCCACCACAGAUCAGUUACUGGGGGUGUUAGAAAAAUGACUGGUCAACUGAUUGUACUCAUGCAGAGUGUCAUUGUUGCCUGUGGCGCAAUGCCUCACAGAACAGAUUGCUUUCAUUUCAUACAGACCUAAAUAAAACCUAAACUAAACAAACACCGAUGACAUACAGGAGAGCAAGCCAAUCCCAGUUCAGCUUGGUACAGUAUGUGUCCCCACUACCUCUGCCAGACAGUGGCUCACCUAGAUGCCCAGAGUUCAGGAGACCACUCCUGAGGACCGUGGAGUUUACUUUGGUGGAGGUUGACCACCACUGAAGUCAUGUUGGCUUUGCAGCAAUGAGGUAUGUAGUGUCGUUCUCCAUUCCAGAGUCUGAGGUAUUCUUUGAGAACAGUCUCUUCGAUUUGUGCAUUCUUUCGGUAUGAUCCUUCCCGUCCCGCCCCUCCCCCCCUUCCCGCCCCGCAAAACAGCUUCCCGCUGAGACUUCCCGAUGCUUCCUGAGAUAGGCGCCUCUCGCCAAAUGGAUAGGCGGAGGUGAGGUUUGGAAAGGUAUGGUUACAAGCAAACGCUGUGGACACACACAGACAUACACACAACAACACCUCCAUCUAAUGCAGGAACUUAAAAAAACCUUGGAGCUGUUGCUACUUUUCUGAUAGUAGGAAAGUAGGGUGCGGGUAUAGGCCUGGGGCCUUGCUAGUUCUGCAGCUGGGGAGCAUUGCUGCUUUUCCCAGCAUGCUGCGGUGCCACAAUGACUGAAACACAUCCCUCCACGCUGAAGUUGAGGUUACAAGGUCCUUCCACUGAAGUAAGAAUAAGAUGUUUUCAGACCAAGUCGAGUGGCGCUGUGCCUGACCAUUGAAAGAUGAUGUGAAGAAUUAGGUGUUGAUCUGUGCAAUCGAUAUCCAUUUGGAGUAUGAGGCGAUGUAGUGCUCUCUCUCUACUACAUGCCCAUCAUCAUGGCACCUUGAGCGUCCAGGUGGUUAAAUGCAUAGGUUGUGUGUUGAUUGUGAGGUUUCCGUUGCAAAAA